AUGGAUGUCGAAGUCAAGAAAGUGAAAGGCUGCAGCGCCACCAAGGUGUCUUACAUAACUCAUGGGUGCUUGACGAUGGAUCGCUUACAUUUGCUUCCUGUUCCGUCUUUCAAGAGCGGGUUCACAACUUGCGCGUUGAUAAACGUACCCGCGAUCGAACACGUCCCUCUUGAAGACCCGUCUCUUGGAGUUCACAAGAUUACCUCGCGCACCAACCACCCGCUCGUCACACCGCCUUCCACAACGGCACACAGUCUUGUCGACCAAGAAACUGGAGCCAAUACUCUUGCUCUUUCGGACUCUUCCACGGACCCAAAACAGGCAUGGGAGGCGCUCUACCCUCGAGGAAGCAUCAAUCCCUCUGGAAAGAUUCCUGGUGGCUUCGGAUUCUACCUAGCAGGCCCGAAAGACUUCGCAGACAAGCUGACAAUAGAGGGUGGUGCGACGCAUGUAGUGCUGAGCUACCGGAUGAUGCUGCAGCAUGACUGGGAAUGGGUCAAGGGCGGCAAAUUACCCGGAAUCUUUGGAGGAGAAGGAGACACGUCUUAUUCAUGUACUGGAGGACAACAACAACAUCGUUGUCAAUGCUUCAACAUCCGGCCCAUGUGGCGUGCAAACGGACAAGGCGAACUCUACACCUACCUCCCUCUCCUCGACUCCAACCGCGACCGCCUAUCUGCUGUUCCACCAUACUCGAAGCAGAAUCCGGACUAUGGCAUGUCUGUCGGUCGUGGGGCGUUUUCGUUUGACGCCGCAGUCGGCAACUGGAUCAGCCUUGCAUUUCGCGUCAAGCUGAAUGAAAUCGGGCAGGAAGACGGUCAACUAGAGCUGUUUGUGGAGGGAAAGUCGGUCAUCCAUGCCGUUGGACUUGUGUUCAGAACCUCGAACACGUCCCGAAUCAAAGGUGCUCAUUUCCAGACUUUCUUCGGUGGCCAUACAGAGGACUGGGCAUCACCGAAGGACCAGCGUGCCUGGUUUACGGAUGUCACCGGUGCAGUCGUUGGGUAA